AUGCAGAAGCGGCUGAGGGAGUCUCGGGCCAAGAAAGAUGAGAAAAGUGCUGGAAAACGACCCAGGGAUGAGGAUGAGGGUCGGGUCGCGGACGUGCUGGGGAAGAGGAAGGCUUUGGAGGAGGCUCAUCAGCAUGUGAUGGGGUCAGGGCCGAGGCUUCCGCCCUUUGAUCUGCAGGCACCGCCGAAGCUACCCUUCGGCAUGGAGGAUGUGUUCGCUGAAGGGGUAGAGAAGGUAGACUUCGGCAGGCUACGCCAGCAGAAGAAGGAGGUCAACCUGGCUAUGCACCGGCAGGAGGUGCCCUUAGUGAACGUCUUCCUGGAAGGCGUGAAGAGCGACCCUGAGGCCCUGGCGAGGACUCCAGCUUCUUCCUUCAUUGACCGGGCCCAAAAGACGAUCCUCACCUCUGCCUAUGCCUUUGGCGAGAUGUACGUCAGCAUGGCCAAGGCUGACAAGGAGAUCCAGAGGCUGAAGAGGCGGGAUGAGCUAGCCAAGAGCAAAAUGGUACAUCUCCUUGAGUCCUUCCGAUCCUCGGAGGAGCUGAAGAGCUAUAUCAUGGACCGACUGGUUGAUGAGCAGCUUCGCUCGGAAGAUAGGUUGGUUAGGUUCAACCCCUCGGUGGAGAUUAACUUUGACACCAGUGGCGAGCCUCCUGCACAGACCCCUCCUGCUGAUGCUAGCGCCCCGACACCAGAGGCUGAGCCGGCUACUGAGGAUGCCCCUUCGACCGAGUCCUGA